AUGCAAUGGAAAUUCUAUUCGGUGAACGAUUACUUCGAGAACGGGGCUUGUUUUGGCCUUUCAAAAGGUGUUGGAAAAGCCCGGCCCAAUUACGGCCCAGAUCAAAAGUUCACAGUCGCAAACGCUAAAAACGUUAAGGAACUCACAAGUUCACGAGAGCCUCCGUUUGUUAGAGGACAAGUCAGCAACAAUUUUUUUUGCGGCGUUUCGCGUUUGUAA